AUGACUGAUUUUGUUAAUAGCCUUUUCUCGCUGAAGAAUAAGAACGCUAUUAUCACUGGUGGCACACGUGGUAUUGGUGCAUCUAUUGCAGAGGGUCUCGCAGGAGCCGGAGCCCACGUCAUCUUACUGCAAAGGGACCUGUCAAACACCACCACCGCUGACAGAAUUAAAAAAGCCGGUGGUCAAGCUACAAUAAUCGAAUGCGACUUGGGGGUUAACAGUCAAGUCAACAAUGUUGUCCCUAAAGUCUUGAAGAUUGUGGACCAUAUUGAUAUUCUUAUUAAUUGUGGAGGAAUUCAAAGGAGAUUUCCUGCUGAAGACUUCCCAGAGCAAGACUGGGAUGACGUUCUACAGAUCAAUCUCAAGUCUGUAUUUUUGCUCAUUCGUAAUGUUGGCAAGCACAUGCUAACCUCGGAUCGUAAAGGAAGAGGCAAUGGAAAAAUAAUUAGUAUUGCCAGUCUCGUUUCGUUUCAAGGUGGUCUGACAGUACCUGCGUAUACAGCAGCAAAACAUGGUAUCACCGGUAUUACCAAAUCGUUUGCAAACGAAUGGUCAUCAAAAGGUAUUAAUGUGAAUGCUAUCGCUCCUGGCUAUAUUGCUACUGAUAUGACCGAUGCUCUUAUGAAGGACGAAAAUAGAUCCAGGCAGAUCAUGGAACGCAUUCCUGCCCAAAGGUGGGGUAAGCCUUCAGAUUUCAUGGGCCCCGUUAUUUUCCUGUCGAGUCCCGCCAGUGACUAUGUGUGUGGUGAUUGCAUGUUGGUAGAUGGUGGAUGGAUGGGUCGUUAA